AUGUUGCUAGGGACACCUCAGGCCAACAUUCUUAGGGGGGAAAUCUUCCUGUCAAAAUGUGGUCAACGUGGGACACAUUCUUCGACGUUUGAACAUGACGAGGGGAUUUCUGUACACUUCCAAUUAAACGGGGUCAGAGUCCAAGUUCUCGUUCCAGAAGACGGUCAUCGACGUCAUACUCGUCUGUAG